AUGCUCUGUGCCCCCUCCUCCCGCCGCAUCCCCCGCCGCUGGACCGCAGCAGCCCUCACCGUGAUCGCCCUGGUACUGGUGUACGGGUUCCUCCCGUGCGACGAUGUCUACGCACGCAUUGAAGCCGGCCGCCGCACCCCCCGACCGGCCUCAGACCCAGAACCGGGAACCAGACACUGCCCGCUGCCCGAGCUGGACGACGUGCUGGUCGUGCUGAAAACCGGCGCGACCGAAUCGCAAACCAAAGUGCCCGUCCACCUCAACACGACGCUGCGCUGCGUGCCGCAUUUUGCCGUGUUCUCCGACUACGACGAGCGGAUUGCCGGCGUGCGCGCGCACGACAUCCUGCGUGACCUGGCCGAGCGCGUGAAAGUCGCCGAGCCCGAGUUCGAGCUGUACCGGCGGUUGCGGGCACGGGGGCGUCAAGCGCUCCUGCAGGACCCGCAGGGCGAUCAUCAAAACGAAGAGGGGAAUGAGAAUGGGGGCGCGGGCAUGGGCAUGGGCAAGCAGGACAACGCCGGCUGGCGCCUGGACAAAUGGAAGUUCCUGCCGAUGUUGGACGGAGCGCUGCGCGAACGGCCCACGGCGCGCUGGUUCGUGUUCGUCGAGGCGGACACGUACGUCGUGUGGCCGAACCUGGCCGCGUGGUUGGCGCGGUUGGACCCCGAGCGCGCGUACUAUCUGGCUGCGCCGAUGGCGAGUGGCGAUGAGGUGUUUGGGUAUGGCGGGGCGGGGAUUGUGCUGUCGCAGGCGGCGGUGAGGAAGGUUGUAGAGGAGAGCCGGGGGCAGGUGGAGGAGCGGACGAAGGCGCAUUGGGCUGGGGAUGCGGUGCUGGGGCGCGCGCUGGCGGAUGCGGGCGUGCCGCUUGUCUGGGCGUCGCCUAUGUUGCAGACGGAGCGGGUGUGGGAGGUGGAUGAACUCGGUGCAGGCGCAGACGAUGGGCCGUGGUGCUAUCCGGCCGUGUCGUACCACCAUAUGACGGUGGCGGAUAUCGAGGCGAUGUGGGCGUUUGAGCAGGAGUGGUUUCGAGAUGUGAGCAUGCGCAUUCCUUCCCGUGGUGGCCACGACUGA